AUGGAGUAUUUCACGGCCUCAAACGCGAAGGCUGCUGCCUUUCAAGUGGGGAGUGUGCGGUAUUCUUUGCCUGUGGAGGUUAUGGGCAGAAGUGAUGUACAGGCGAGUGGUUUAGCCCUGGUAGUUCGGAGAGAGGGCUUCAAGGAUAUCCCCCCUAGGGUUCCUAAGACAGAAGACGGGGCCCUGCAACUCAACAGACCUCAACAAGGGUUUGGGCUCAUGGUCGAACACCUCCUGGGCAUGCAGCCACUAAAGGGGUGUCCCUUGAAGGAGUUUGCAGAGAAAUAUAUCGCCCUUAAAACUGAACUCCUCUACUGGCAGCUCCCCACUGCAGACGUCGCCUUCGACGAUCGCCUCUACUAUACCUCUGCGUGGACAGAUGGAGACUGCUUCUAUCCCCUUCGCCGCGAGGAUGCGGCUGCCUUCACUCGUUCGGAGGCUGAUGCGCAACGGCCUCUCAACGUACUGCAGCUUCAAGAGUCUCCGGUCCCAGAGGAGAUUAAGUGCUUUUUGGAAGAUGUUAAGGGAGAUUGGCAGUGCUGGGCGACACCAGAGCAGCAGCAAAACAACGCAGAGGGCGCAACAGCCGCAGCAACAACAGCGGCAACAAAUAAAACCAGCCGACUAUGCAUCGUGGCAGGCGAAGAUCGUUUCCUCUGCCUGCCUCCAGGGCUGCAACAGCCUUGUGUGCAUUUUGCUGCGCUUCCCGAGCGCAGCGGCUUCGCGCCGUUUGCUGUUGCUGCUGGGCCUUUGGAGUUUACUCUCGUAUGGUCGCCUGGUGCCUUUUUGCAUUUGCGUGGAGAACAGAAAAAAUCCGGACAAGUUCGCUACCAACUUGAACUCAUCGUGAAAAAGCCAGCAUGGCUGUGCAUACACCCCACACUCGGAUCGGUCCUCUCAGGGGUGGAGGGGCCUGUGCCUCACAUCUUUUGCUUCGGGAUGCCUGAGGCACAAGUUGUGCGCUUCUUUCCCUGGGGGGCUCUUGCAAUCAAUGGAGAAGUCACCUGCGAUCCGCCAGCCAAGCCAGCUCAGUCACAAGGACAUGGCGAGCCCAAGACAGCCCUGGCAGCAACAUUUCUUCGCCUUUUCAACAAGUCCUUUGAACCGCCUCUGCGCAUUUGCUUCCUUAAUGCUGACAAAGAGGGGAAGGCUGUGACGCUGAAGCGUCUGGAGGACUUUGAUGUGCAUGACACACGAAACGAAGAGGUCACAGGAUUUAACAUUAUGCUGGCUCUGAAGGGACAGCUGGCGGAGGCACGGGCCGACCUCGCAAUGGCCGACAAGCAGAAGCCUGGAAAGGUAAUUGUCUUUCCCAUUAGCAGCAGCGGGAAACUCUUGAAAGAAAGUCAAGUCCUUAUCGAUGGCGGAGGUCCCCAAGGUGAAGAACUCUUCUCUAUUGCCAUUUAUGGAGAGUUUGACUGCGCAUCGCGCUUUUUGGUGUACGGCUUUUGCUGCUUCGUCCCAGAGAAGUACUUCACCUUUGAGACCGGCAAGAAGUUGUUUGAUUUUCACCACCAGAUGUUCAUGAACCGCAGUUUGCAGCACUCUGGAAACUGCAACAUUAUGUAA